AACAGAGCCUCAAAUUUACCAGUUCUACCAUCCAAAUCGCCCUAACCAAAUCUGAAGCACCCCAUUAACCCCCAAAACUGAACAAACCCACAAAUUGAUCUCUUUCUCUUGACAACCCCGAUCACAAAAUGGACCAAAACCCAAAACCCACAAGCGUUCUCGAAUCACUGGGCGAAGAAAUCAUCAGAAUAAUUACCCCAGUCUCAAUUUGUAUGUUUUUGGUAGUCAUUCUUGUCACCAUAUUGAACAAUGACUCUUCUUCUUCAUCAAUCACCACCAUAGCAACCAUAGCUUACACUGAGGACAGUUCAGACUCUAUUUGGGCCAAAUUAGAAGGUGCCCUUUUGAAUUCACUUGUUUUUGUUGUUGUUAUCACUGUUGUUACCUUCAUUAUGGUACUCCUUUUCUACUUUAGAUGCACUAAGUUCUUGAAAUACUACAUGGGUUUCUCUGCUUUCCUUGUUUUGGGUUUCAUGGGUGGUGAGAUUGCUUUGUUUCUGAUCCAAGAUUUCAAUAUUCCCAUUGAUUGCUUCACUUUUGGGCUUGUUUUGUUUAAUUUCACUGUUGUUGGUGUUUUGGCUGUGUUCAUGUCCAAAAUGCCUAUCUUCUUGACACAAGCUUAUUUGGUUGUUAUUGGGAUGUUGGUUGCUUAUUGGUUUACUCUUUUGCCUGAAUGGACCACUUGGGUGCUUUUGGUUGCCUUGGCUUUGUAUGAUCUUGCCGCGGUUUUGUUGCCUGGCGGGCCGUUGAGGCUCUUGGUGGAGCUUGCAAUAUCUAGGGAUGAAGAUAUCCCGGCUUUAGUUUACGAGGCUAGGCCCGUUACUUAUAAUGAUUCAGUCCCGGGGGGUGGUGUAAUUCGAAGGAGAGUAUGGAGAGAAAGAAACAAUAUUAGUUCAGAGGGGAAUGAAAAUGUGAAUUCUGGAUCUAAUUCCAAUGAAAGAAAUUUGGUUAAUGCUGAGGAGGGGCAGGUUUCAGGAGGGGAUUCACUGCUAACUGCACCAUUGAUUGAACGAAGAAUAAAUGUUCAAAUGCACUUACCAGAGGAACCUGUGUCAAGUGAAAAUUUGGCGCUCGAGGGGAUUGGGUUGGGAACAUCUGGCGCAAUUAAGCUGGGGCUAGGGGACUUCAUCUUCUACAGUGUUUUAGUUGGACGGGCUGCAAUGUAUGACUUUAUGGCAGUUUAUGCAUGUUAUCUUGCUAUUGUGGCUGGUCUUGGUAUUACUCUGGUGCUCCUUGCUUUUUAUCAGAAAGCUCUGCCUGCUCUUCCAGUGUCUAUCCUAUUAGGUGUGUUGUUUUAUUUAUUGACUCGGCUAUUACUUGAAACUUUUGUUGUACAAUGUUCUUUGCACCUCUUGAUGUUCUAGACAUGUUAAAUUAGUUAUGGAAUACUUUGUAUUUUGCAGCAUUUUUAUGUCCCACUGUUGUUGUAUGAGUAAUUCAUUUAAUAAUGUUGUCAAUGUAAACUUUAAAAUUAA